AUGGAUCCCGAUUCAGACAACUGGACAACAGCACCAAAGGCGGAUCAUCUCUGCGUACUCGUUCAUGGACUAUGGGGUAAUCCUUCACAUAUGGGCAGUAUUGCUUCAGCCCUGCGAAAACGCUACGACGAAAAGCAACUACAUAUCCUCGUCGCGGAGUGCAACACCGGCAACCUCACAUACGAUGGUAUCGAAGUAUGCGGAGAGCGACUUGCGCAUGAAAUCGAAGCGACGCUAAGCAAGCUAGAGGCUGACGGGCACAAGAUGAGAAAACUCAGCGUGGUUGGCUACUCCCUGGGAGGCCUGAUAUCGAGGUACGCGAUCGGGUUGCUGUAUGCCCGGGGCUGGCUUGACGAUGACAAACUCGAACCCGUCAACUUCACAACCUUUGCGUCUCCGCAUCUCGGAGCCCGAGCCCCGGUCAGGGGUGUUCAAAAUCUGCUCUUCAACGGGUUGGGCUCCCGGACUAUCUCGACUUCUGGGAAACAGAUGUUCUUGGCCGAUACGUUUCAGGAUACAGGGAAGCCACUGCUCAGCGCUUUAGCGGACCCCAACAGUAUCUUCAUAGAAGGGCUGAAGAGGUUCAAGAAUCGGUGUGUCUAUGGCAAUGUGGUCAACGACCGCACCACGGCCUUUUACACCACGAUCUUCGCGAGCGAAGACCACUUCCGGGAUCUGGAGAAUAAAACCAUCAAAUAUGUGAAGGGGUAUGAGCCGGUCGUCAUCGACCCGGACGUUUACACGCUGCCAGCAUCAGAGGAUAAGAAGCGGCCCCCGUUUCCGUUGCGAGCGUGGCAGAGCAUCCGAACGUUCUUCAGCAAGCUGCCUUUCUGGCUCUUCUUCUGUCUCAUUCUGUCGAUUGCUAUCCCAGUCUUCCUUGUCUAUUCCGUCCGCGAGACAUUUCGUAGCCGAGAACGCAUUCGCGAGCAUGAAGAGGGACCUGGAAAAUCUUUCAGGAGCUAUCGCAUGCCGCUUGGCCUGAGGAGGAUACAGACGGCCAUGGACGAGGUAUUCGAGAAUGCAGCGGCAAGACAGGACCCCGAUUAUAUCUCUCCAAACGUACCCACCACAGACCUGGAGUCUCAGACGGCUUCGCGCAAUGACAAAACUGGUACAGCGGAAGAUUCACCAGCUGCGGCCUCAUCAGGAAACUCAACCGACGACGCAAACAAAGUAAAGAAAGUCAGGUGUGGAGAAAAACGACCCACCAUAGCUCUUACCCCAGAUCAAUUCUCCAUGAUCAAGUCUCUGAACGCCGUCGGUUUCCGCAAGUACCCAGUAUACAUCCACAACCAUGAGCACACCCACGCGGCGAUCGUGGUUCGAAUGGAUGAUCCUGGCUACGCAGAGGGCCAUACCGUGAUCAAGCACUGGCUUGACCAAGAAUUCGAUCUAUGA